AAGCAGGAGGUUCCGGCGUAACCUUAUUCGGAGCUGGGUUUGUUUUCGGCCUUUGAUCUUCGAUUCUCUCUCUUUUUCUCUCGCGAAAACCGUAUCAGCAAUGUCUGGAGAAUCAGCCAGCGCUAUUCACAAGGGUCAAGUCGAUCUCUUAGACUUCAUUGACUGGUCUGGGGUUGAAUGCCUCAAUCAAAGCUCCACCCACUCUCUCCCCAAUGCUAUCAAACAGGGUUAUAGAGAAGACGAUGGUUUGCAUCUGGAGAGUGAUGCAGACGAGCAGCUUUUGCUCUAUAUUCCUUUCACUCAAGUCGUUAAACUUUAUUCCUUUGUUAUCAAAGGUCCUGAAGAAGAAGGCCCCAAGACAGUGAAGCUCUUUUCUAACAAGGAGCACAUGGGAUUUAGUAAUGUCAAUGAUUUUCCCCCAAGUGAUGUGGCAAAUUUGUCUGAAGAAAACCUUAAGGGGAAACCGGUACUUUUGAAGUAUGUCAAAUUCCAAAAUGUUCGUAGCUUGACAAUUUUUAUUGAGGACAAUCAGUCAGGUUCAGAGAUCACAAAAGUUCAGAAGAUCGUGCUGCAUGGUACAACAGUUGAAACAACAGACAUGAAGGGUCUGAAGAAGAUUGAGGAUCAUUAACCCCUGGAAAGAGGAGAUUCAACUUUGCUCCUAAUCCCUCCUUAGAAAUUUUGAUUGGAAUUGUAAUGUUAACUUGGUGAAUGAUGGUUUAUGACUUCUAAUGUCUAUCUGAUUUCAAAUAAAACAGAUGCACAAUAUAUCUACAUGGUUGUGACAAUUUGUGAUUGGAGGUAACAUUCAAGCUGUAUGGUUAUCUAUUGUGUCUUUUUACAUGUUUUGAAACAUGUAAUCUUCAUUGAGGAAUUA